AUGCUUCAUCUCGUACAAAGUGCAUUGAUUGGUUUUUAUGGGGAAGACUCGUUCUUGUCAUUUUCCCAGGAUUUGAUUGCCAAUUGGGAUCCUACCACCUAUUCUGACGACAGGAGUAUUUUACCAGACAAAAUUAUCACAGUCAUUGGCAAGGAAUCUUCCGGAACAACCUUUGUAGCCAAGACCAUAGCUCAGGCCUUGAAGAUUCCCGGUCGUCAAAAAUACAGAGAUGGAUACUUUCAUCAUGAGCGCCGAGCCUACGAUGACCAACCAAUCCAAGUUCAGCACGUGUCCUUGCCACAGGGUCAGUGGUGCUUGCAGAAUCACAGCCAUCAUAUUGUGGAUGUCAUUUUGCCGCCCCAUUGUGUCACGAGCAAGAAUGGUGGAUAUCCUUCGGACUCCUUUCCUGGAAUCAAACAGCAAUGUGAGGCACUCCUCAACAGUACCACUAUGACGGGGAACAACAACAACAACAACAACAACAACAACAACAACAAUAAUAAUGGUAAUACUAAUGGAGCAAUGCAAUUGUACGAAGGAAUGAUGGAAAUGCAUGGACCAUGGUUCAUGAAGACUCGCUGGAAGAACCAAUUUUACUACAAGGCUGUUCGAUACCCGGGACGAAUCUUUGCACAGAGUGAAAAAGUGAGGAGUCACAACGUUACCAUUAUUCGGAGGAAACCAGGUCGAGGAGAGAAAAUGUCAAGGGAAGAAAUUAUGGAACGACGGGAGGAACGACGUCGACAGUACCAUGAACAGCUUUUGGGCACUGCCUUUGACAAUGCCGAUUCAGCCCCUGCAGAGAGGGAUUACGACGAAGACCCCCCUCCAAUUGUCAUUCAACGUGGAACAGAUAUUGGCUCACGUGUAAGCGGUGCCGAACGGUUGCAUGGUAAGGCAAGUCGAGAUCCCUACGACAAGCGACGAUUAGGCGAAGUGCCAGAAGAAGAAGAAGAAGAAGAACAAACUAAAUCAGAGAGACCGGAAAAGACCAAAUUUUACUUUGAAGGAGGGCAAGUCAAGCAAGAAGGAGCGGAUGGGGCAUCACGGAAUGAGCAGCAAAGGAAUCACCCACCUCGACACCGUGGCUUUCAACACGACAUGUCCAAUUUGACCGAAGAACAAAAGAAAGAAUUGCAACGACGAUUAAGAAUUACAAAUGGUGGUGGUGGUGGCGGCGACCAUGACGUACCCAGUGGAGAUUGGGGUGAACCCUCCAAUGGCAAGCAAAACGACGGCCACGAAGAAACACAAAAUGAGAAAAUCCGACGUCAAAAUCGAGAACGAAAGCGAGAAAUGAUGCGACGAGAACGAGAGGAACGGAUUCGUCAUAUGGAUAAAGGCAAUGCUGCAAAUGACGAUGAACUGAUGCUUCAUGGGCGACGGCCGACACGCUUGUCCAAACAACAAAAGAUUGACGAUUGGUUGAGACGAGUCAAAAAGUAUCCCUUGGAGCAGCUUCAAAACAACAAUUUGCUCAUGUAUCCUGGUCGAUUCAUGUUGAAUAUCACGUCGCAAAAAAUUUGGUACGAUGCCCAUGGUACCGAGCAAGUCAUUGUCAUUGUGGUCCGAGAUCCCGAAAUGUCGUUUAAAUCGAGACUAAAGUCGCAUUGUCACAUUGUCGAGCUAGCCCAGGAAGAAGAAGCCAUUGCCAAUGCGAUCUUGAAUGAUGCCAUUCAAACCUUCUUUUUAAAUGACAAGAGUGGCUUUCAAAAUGGAUUUGGUGGAAGAUGGUAUGGCAAGACUGUGGAAGAAAUCAAACAGGAGGCCUUUUUGUGGGAUCCCACUCCGAUCAUUGAGAAUCGCACUAGCGACAGUGGCGGCCACGAUCCUUUCCAUUCGUCCCGAAUUCCAUCCAGCAACAAUGUGGUGUUGGUAUCCUACGAAGCCAUGAUGAAAUACGAACAAGAAUACGUAUCGGAACUCUACAAGGUAAUGGGGAUUGAAUCCCAAUACAAGCCAGUCUUUAAGGAUGGAAAUGCCAAGUAUCGAACCGAUGAGAAUGACCAAUCUGGUGGAUCCAUUGGAAGGAGACGAAGAAAAAUGCAACAAUCGAAUUCGACCGAAGACGACGUUGGGUUUCGAUUUCGAUGGUUGCUACGCCAACCCGAGCGAUACCAAGGGAUAUUGCUGGCUGUGGCGUGUUGUUCCGUAUUUGUGGGGAGCUUUACCUUGUGGGUUCUGAUCUUUUGGCUUUUCUUUCGUCGGGCUGCGAAUAAGAAACGGAAUAGGGAAGCCAAACAAGAAAACCACCGACGAUAG